UGACUGGCACUCACCACCGAUCCUUGAUUGCAGGCUGGGCUUGUGCAUCGGCCGGCGCCCCCUGCUCACCUGCGUGCUGUCGCUGCUGCUGGCCGCCCUCUGCGGCUCCGGCCUGCUCAGCUGGCGCGCCGGCCAGUCCGACCUGGACCUCUACAUGCCCAUCGACUCGCCUGUGCGCAAGGCCGCCGAAUUCGUCGACGCCAACUUCCGCGAGGACAUCCGCUACGAGAGCGUCAUCGUGGAGGCGCGUAACGUCCUGGAGCCGGACGUCCUGAGGACGAUAGCGGACGUGGAGCGUGACAUCAAAGCGACCGUGGCGGCUGACGGGCAGGGAUGGGAGGACGUCUGCGUCAGGUACUCGUCGUGGUUCCAGGACACGAUGACCACGGCCGGGCCGGGGCAGCAGCAGGGCGCCGCCGGCAAGCAGCCGGGGCCGGCGGGCAUCCCCGAGCUCCCGGAGGACUUCAAGAGGGUCCUGCAGCAGGCCGGGCUGAUGCGGAACGACUGCGUGUACCAGAGCCUGCUCAAGCUGUGGCCCAACGGGCUGCCCGCCAACCUGACCCUGGCCGACGUGCAGAGGGUCGUCAACAAGGGCAUGCGCUCCAGCAAAAGUGUCCUCACAGAUGUAUCAUCAUUGCUAGCUGGAGUAAAAACCGAUGCCAAAGGAAAAGUUGUAUCAGCAAAGGCAGUAAUUUUCAACUGGCUGUUACAGGAGUCAAACAAAACUGGCCCUGACUGGGAAAGGGAAUUCCUAAACAGAGUGCUCAAUACCAAUAGGACUAAGCCUAAGGGAGUGAAUGUUUAUGCAGUUGCAAAAAGAAGCUAUAAUGACAUGCUCGACAAUGUUUUAGACAGUAACAUGACAGUACUGUUUGCUGGGUUUACACUUAUUAUUCUCUAUGUGAUUCUUAUGUUGGGAAGAUGCAACCUAAUUCAACAACGGAUUUACUUGUCAUUGUUGGGGGUCUCAAUAGUUGGCCUUACCAUUCUGGCCUCAUAUGGAUUUUGCUUCCAUUUGGGUUUUUUCUUUGGCCCAGUUCACCCCAUCCUUCCAUUCCUCCUGCUUGGGAUUGGUGUAGAUGACAUGUUUGUCAUUGUUGAUAGUCUUGACCAUGUGACUAAAGAGCACAGUAAUUUAGACAUACCAGAGAGAAUAGCGAGAGCUGUACAAACUGCAGGAAUAUCCAUUACAGUUACUUCACUUACUGAUAUUGUUGCAUUUGCUAUUGGUAUGACGACUCAAAUGCCAUUUUUACAAUCAUUCUGCAUGUUUGCUGCAUCUGGUGUUUUCUUCCUCUUCAUCUUUGAAGUGACAUUCUUUGUGGGAUGCCUCACUUUAGAUGAAUACAGAGUGGCAGCCAAGAGGGAGGGAUGCUGCUUCAUGAAGCUUAGAGAAUGGAAACCAAAUGCAAUCAGUCAAAGAAAUUACAUGUUUGAUUUUUUUUCAAAGUAUAUUGCUCCAGGGUUGAUGAAAACACCGGUUAAGAUACUUGUGAUUGUGAUCACACUGGUGCUUGUAAGUUUCAACACAUGGUGUAUUCUUCAGAUAGAACAAAUGUUUGAUAUGACUUGGUAUCUUGACGAAUCAUCAUACCCAAUACAGUUUUAUGACAAACUGAAUGAGUAUUUUCCAAAGUAUGGAAAACGUGCUGGAAUCUAUUUAACUAAUGUGAGUUACUUUGAGGAUGCCCAAAAAAUGCAUUACCUAUCCAAAAAAUUAAGGGAAAAUCCAUAUCUGAAUCAAGACUCAAUGAUAAUUUGGUAUGAGGAAUUUGGAAAAUGGUUGAAGGAUAAGAAUCAUGAGCCAGAGGGUGAAGAUGACUACAAGGGUUACCUGUCUGAAUUUCUUAUUUUUACUAAGGAAGGUCAGGAGCAUCUUAAAGAUUUGAAGUUUAGCUCUUUUCCGUUUGGAGACUACAAUAUUACAACAACACAUCUACCAAUCCAAUAUAUACCACUGAAUACAAGUCAACAACAACUAGCUGCAAUGUCAACCGUAUAUGAUGUGUUGCAAUCCCUUAAUUUAACAGCUGACAAAUACGCAGUAGCCUAUUCACCUGACUUCAUCCCAUGGUACACCAACAAGCUUGUUGGAGAAGAACUUUUACGAAACUUAGGUCUUUCAGUCUUAGCCGUGGCUAUAGUCACUUUACUCUUAAUACAAGAACUACAAGUGACAUUUUGGGUUAUCAGCUGUGUUAUUUUUACUCUUGUGGAUUUAGUGGGCUCAAUGUAUCUCUAUGGCCUAACCAUUGAGGUCUCCACAUCCAUUAUGGUGCUGCUUUGUACUGGGUUGACUGUGGAUUAUGCAGCUCACAUUGGAUAUGAAUUCAGUCGUAUGACUGGAACUGGAAAUGAGAGGGCAACAGCUGCUUUGCGACUAAUGGGACCUGCCGUCUUCAAUGGAGGAUUGAGUACUUUCCUUGCCUUUGUUCUACUUGGAUUCAGUGAUGCCUACAUAUUCACAACAUUCUUCAAAUUAUUCACAAGUGUGGUAGUGUUCGGAUGUUUCCAUGGCCUGUUCUUUCUUCCUGUGGUGCUAAGUUGGUUUGGGCCUCCAUCUUUCUCACAACCAGACCUCCACACAGAUACUGAUGGAUAUCCUUCUCUUCCAAAGUCCAUUACAGUGCAAAAUGGACAUUGUAUCAGUGCUGUUGAAGGGGUAGAGCUCUCCAUAGAUGUAGAUAUUGGUAAGGACAGAGGACAAUCAUCUGCUGGCCAUCAACUUCUCUCGCAGAAUGGAGGAAGUCAGCACAUUGGGCAUGCCGAAGAUUUACCUCCUGAGAGAGAAAGCAUGCUUCAACCUCAACAGAAGGAGCUUGGCAAGUGGUGAUUCUCUCACAGACAAUAAUUACAUAAACAAAUAAGAAUAAUUUGAUAGCUGUACCAAAACAAUACCUAAAUUAUGAUAAUUGAGUUGUGAACUAAAAGGCUGCAACAUAUAUGAAAGAUAGUGCAUUCCCAUUUUAAUUUGAAAGUUAUUGAUGGGACAUUCAGUAGUAAGAGAUGAUAUUGUGAGAUAUUGUUAUACUAGAGCAUAUUCUUGGUUAUUUACAACUUCACAUGGCAAGUACAUAUUUUGGAAAGUAUUGCCGUGUAAUCCAAAGAACCUGGACCAAUCCACCAGUUGAGAAAAUGUGAUACCCUAAUUGAAAUCUGAACUGCAGAAGACAAGUCAUUAGCAUCCUUGUUUUCCAGAUACGUUCAAAGAAAUAAAAUAAGGUAAUUAGUAAUUAGGCACUACAAUAAGUUUUACUAGUAAUCUUAGAAUUACUACAUUCUGAAUCUCAAUGUUAACAGUUCUCUAUUUUAUCCGUCCUGUGUUCUUAAUAGACAAAUGUUUGUGAUAGAUUUUUUCUAUGAGGCUCUGCUAGUCUGCAGGUUAUCAGAUUUUUAGACAAUUUUUAAUUUUUUUUAACUCCAAGUGAAACCCUUUUUUUCCCUUUCUCUUAAGAAAAUGUGGUUUAUAUAACCCAGGUAAAGAAGGAAAUCUAUUGAGUCGGUAAAUGGAAAAGAUACAUAUCAGUAUUGCUGUGAGCCAUCAGAAUAGAUUGCUAAUAUUAUUUCCCUGCUCAAAUGUAUAUUUUCAUGUGGUGAUGAUACAUACUUCUUUGUUCCUGUACAUGCUUCUAUGAUACAAUUGUGCCAUACAUUGGCUAAAUCUCAGCAUAGAUGGCAUUUUUGCUACCUAAAUUUGUUAUUGAGCUACUAAGCUUAGUGCAAAAACGCCUACUUAAGAAAGGAAAGAAUGGCAGUGAGCCAUGUGCAAAGUCAAAUUAAAUUUACCAGUGGGCCUAUCAGUUGAGAGCACAUGGAAAUGGAGCAACUAAAAAUAGUUCCUGUCAAGACCAUCAGAGUAUUGUAGGGCGUUUGUUUUAAAUGGCUGUGCAGCAGAUGAACUUUGUGAUAUGACUGCUUGAAACUAGUAUAGAAAUAACUAAAAGCAUUCAUUUCUACAAUACUCUCAUAGAGCUAAGGAAAAGAACAGAAUAUUUCUGUCAAGAAUGAAUUGUGUGGUUUUAAACUCCAAAAACAUUUUUUUUAUUACUUUAUUUUAUACAUAUAAAAUUGUAUCUAUCUUAGCUUUAUACUUAUCAAUUGAGCCAGUCAACUUAAAAAAUAAAAUAAAUUACAUAAUAGUAAAAACAUAAAAAAAACUACUGGCACAUAUAGAGAACCAUACUCAUUUAAAAAUUGUUUGAGAACUUUUCGGUAAAAUUUGUAAACUACUAAUGUGAAUGAGGUUCACUAGAAUGUUUUGCGGACUGACUGAGUUUUCUCGAUAGAUUUGUUAUUAUUCAAUGAAAUGUAUAAAAAUAAGAUAUGAACCUGAACUGCCUGUUUCUGAUGUAUAGAAAAUAUAUUUUUACUACUUACAAAUAAAGCUGCAUACAUAGAA